ACAUCAACAGCUUGAAGGCAAUGACAAUUUGACACAAUGGAGUUCAAUGCAUCCUAACUGUUCACCUCAAGGACUACUUUAGUCAGGUUUUAGUAUCUGGACCAUUUUACAUAACUGGACUUUCCAACAUCAAUAUGGCUAUUUCAACGACAUACUUUUGGACAUUUACUAUUUGCAUUUUUCCAACUCUAACUUGGGGAUUAUGAAAAUUGACACACGAUAUUGGUAUUUUCUAAAAUAUGCAGUGAAAAUCUAGGAAGUUUAUGCAUAUCACAGAGAAAGAAGUAGCCACACAGAAACAUGACUUCUUCUGCAUUGAUGAGUAUGGCACAUGAAUUGAUAAUGACUCCAGUGAGUGGAACUAUGAAGUUUAUAUUGGUUCAGAAUUUCAAGAGAUCACCACCAAUAAUGCUCCAGAAUCUAAAACUUCCAAAGAUGUCUUUGUGUCCAAACUUUCGUCACAGAGCAGUGAUGUAACAAGAACAAAGAUACCAAUCAGGCCGGAAUGGAAGACUUCUCCAAGGAUACCAAACCUGCACCUAGCGAACAAGGUGGUUCUCAGUGGAUUGACGCUACGGUAACUGGAUGGCUUGGUUUAGGUGGGGAAAGCCCUGAUGAUCCCAAAGAAGACAACCCAGAACAGUCUUUCAGGAGCAGGAAACGUGCUUUGGACAUUGAUGGGAACCAAUUUGAGGAAGAGACGGAGUAAACCGAAAUGUCUGUCUGGUUUGGAGAUGGACUGACUAGUGCCUUCGGUUUUGAUGAAAAAGCUCCAGAGGAGGAGAAGCCCAUUGAAAAGGAAGUGGAAGAGCAACCCCCACCUUCUAACUCCUGGUUGAGGCCAUACCAUAUUGGCAAUAGAGAUGUCUUAAAUUUUGUCAGUCUUAUCAGGAUAAAGUUGAAGAGAGAGUACCAGCAGCAGGCAGAGAGGAAAACAUUGAUCCAGAUGAAAUGACAGGUACAACAGACCCACAGGACCUUGACUUAAGUCAGUCUCAUCAUAAUGCUACAGUGGAGCAAAUAAAAGAAACAGAGCACCACAGAGAUGAUGACACUGGUAAGGAGACAGAGAGAACAGACACACACCCCUCAAAACCUGUUGGGGAUUAUGACGACGGUCAAGAAGACCGUUAGGAAGAAAUCACCAAAGAUGGUGAAUUUAGAAAAGAGGAAGAUGCAGGGUGGUAUGGCAGCAUCUAUAACAAUAUUGCAGGCCUUUAUGGGGAACAGGAUAAUGAGGAGGAGGAGGAUAUAGUUAUAGACAAGGAUAAAGAGUAUAAAGAUAUAAGCCUUCAGUCAGAAACAGAGUCUCAGUCUGUGUUCUCAUCCAUGUUUGACACUCUGGCAUCACCAUUUCAGGCAGAUACUGAUUAUAAAAAUGCUCAAAAUGAUGAGGUAACAGAUAGAAAACCGGCAGCCGCAGAUGCCAAUAGAGAGAUCUCCGCUACUCCUCAGACGGCUAUCCCAUAUGAUGGUAAUGACAGCAAUGAGGCUCCACAUCCCCCUCCAUUAGAUAUAGGUAAGGUUCAGAGUGCUAAUGAAAUACAGGAGGCAUUCAAAAAGCUACUUGACACUAGCAAGAAUAUUUCAUUGUCCCACGACCCUCAAUUAAAGAACACAACUGGCAUACUGAAUCUUGAAGUUGAUCCUGAAAAAGCUACCGCUGAGAUCAGUGAAAAUGAUGAGCAUAACUCUGCAGGUAGAUUAGAGUUAGAUGAUGUCACCACCACUAAUGAACCUUUCCGUUCUCGUGGAGAUGUAGAGCCAAACCAAUUGGUGUUGGACAAUGAGGACAUGCAAAAAUAAACUGUGCUCCUCAAUGGGCUUAUGCAUUCAAGUGAUGAAGAUGUCUCUAAUCACCAUCAAGAGAGUCCUGCUGCUGACCUCUCUGAAAAUAGCCUGGAUGAUUUUGAGACUGAUCAUUCAGUUGGUCGGGACGUUUUAGAAGGCUCAGGGAUUUCAAAUCUAUCUGAUUUGACUCUUAUUCAGACAAAAUCUGAAAUAUUAACAGAGGAGCUACCUGAUGUAUGCUGAGGUGGAAGACAUUGACAUUGACAUUGACCCUACAGGCAUUAAAGUGGUCUCAUCCAAUCUGACAGGAGAGGACAGUAUUCUAGUGGCUCAGUGCCCAGCAGAAGAGGACAGUGAUAAUCAGACAAACACGCCAGCUACAGAUGAUGCUUCAGUGCUGGAGGAGAUCACACAGACACCUGACCCCUAUCUGCAUAAUGCUGACAAAGCUGAACUUAUUCUGAAUCUGUCCCUAGCUGAACCUGUCACUGAAAAUGUCUCAGGACAGGAAGGACAUCAUUUGAUUACCUCAAGUGAGGAGGUGGAAAGUAAGGACAAGAAUGAGAAUGCAUUCAAUGCACCAGAUAAGAAUGUUCAUGUUGAAGAAAUCAACAAAGAUUCAGUUUCUCUGAAACACAGGUUCUCUUCUAACUAUGAGGAAAGUAAUUCCAAUGUAAUGUAAGUUGUUGAUCAAGAAGAAUUUCUCUCCUCUGAUCAUUCCAAGGAGUGGCACAUUGAGGCUGAUCCCAUAGAUAAAGUAGGGUUGAUAAACAUAACCCAUGACCCAAUGUUAGACUCAACUAUACUAAAUGAUGACACUACAAGUACUUUUAUCUGAAAAAGCCAAUGAUGGUAGGGAAAGUAAUAUAGUGGGCAAAGCAUCUGAGAUAGAGGAAGAGGGAGAGGGUUCAAAUAUUGAAGUUACUGAGACAGAGUGGAUAGAACCAGGGAAAAUAGUUGAAGUUGAGCGAGACAAUGUCUUUGAGAAUGAUGAAACACAGAGCCGUUCGAGACAUGAUGCUAAAAUCAAAAGUUAUCCUGAUUGCUCAGAGCUAGUUCCCCCUGAGACAGUAACAGGAAAUUAAGAAAGACAGACAGCAAUUCUUGAGGAGGCAGAUACAGAAAACUUGUCAGUGGAAGAUUUCAUUCAUGACCACGGGAAGUCAAUGAAUCUAAAAAAGACAGUGACGAGGAAAACGUCCUGAAGGAUAGAUCCAGGAUGAUGAAUGACCAGACGACAGCAAUUGAGGACAAAAAUCUGCCACAAGAAAACAGGAAUCAGAUGGAUGACAGUAAUCACAUCUAAGAGUCAGUAGCAAUGAAAUACUUUUAAAAAGGACCAAAGGAUUGCAUAAUAAGAUCAGUCUUUAGAAGGAGAGAGCACAAGAAUUAGGCCAAAAGGAUAGCGAAACCGAUGAUGGGCGAAUUAGCUUUGAUAAUUUACCAGCAGUCAAUCAGCUUUCCCCCACUGAUGAAGCUAAUGAUGUCAUUACUCUGUCAGAGAGAACAGUAGACCAUGAUACAUUGUAUUCAGGUGAGAAUUUCCUUUCAGAUAGUUGUUCUAAUUAUCAAGAAUUAUCAGAACUAAAGGGAUGAGAAGAAGAAUAACAAGAACCCCUACCUGUUAUUCCUGACUUGGACCACCAUGAACCAGAACCACAGUCUCAGUCACCUUCAGUAGAGGACUCUGACAGAGCGACAACAUUUUUGAAAGAAUACAAGAAUAUCCAAAAGCACCUAAGUGCAGGUGAGAACUACUUUGUUGGACUUGUUUGGGAAGCACAUACUCCUGUGGCUUGACUACAGUCUAAGACGCUCAGAGACUUUGAAUGAGGGCCAAGAUGGUGAUAAGGACCUUGCUAUAAUAUCAGACUUUGAGAGGCUCCUGCAGUAUUACAUGGAUGAGACAAAAACUCCAUCUGGUGGAUUUCUGGAGGAUGAAGACAAAACGUGUGUCACUACAAAAACUAGAAAUACUCUUGUGAAACAUAACAAAAAGAUUCCUACCAGUGUUUGCAUGGCUCUUGCAUGUCAACAUUGGAAAGAUACAGACAAGACAAACUGCAUCAAUGAUGAUUGUUUUACUCGCAAGGAAAACGAAGACCUAACCAACCUGAAAAGAAAAUAUAUCUCUACUGAGGGGGGCAUUCAGACUGGUAGAUGGAUGGGCAAACCAGGGAGGGAGUUAAAGAUAAGCAGUGGUGGAAUAUCUUUUGACUUCUGCACAUCAAGUCACUGGUGAUACUAUUUCUCAUAUGCUGAUGGUUGAGGUGCUUCUGAAAUGGCUCACUGUACAGGUUGUGUCAUCCCUUCCUGAUGAUGUAAGGCCAGGUCCUGACCUGUAUGGACUACCAUGGGAAGCUGUCAUCGUCACUGCAUUACUGGGGUUGGGCACCCUCCUAUUGUUCACCUGCAGGUUCUACCAAUGUAUAAAGAGCAGACUAUAUUCUGGCAAAGAGAGGCGGAUGGGCCUGAAGGUGGCUCAACUAUUAGAUGAAAAGUGCAAAGUACUUAAGACUUUGAGUGAGGUUCAACAAAAAUAUGAAAAACUGGAAUGUGCCCUGCGGAAUAGUGGCGUUUUGGCUCAGGCCGCAGAGAGGGAGAAUCUGGAGGUGAUGUUCCAGAGGCUGAAACAGUCAAAUACACAGCUUGGAGAUGAUAUAGAAAAGUUAAAGGAGGACCUAAAUAUCCAGAGAGCGAGGAGGUUGCAGCAGGAGAAGACGAUUGCAGAUAUGCAGGAAACCUUGAAAACUGUAGAAGAAGAAACCAGCGACCUCAAGUCCCAGACAGAGCAGGCACAGACAACCCUGAAAAUAUAUGACAUGAACAGUGAGAGGAAUCAGAAUAAUCUGGAGGCAGCAAAAGAAGAGAAGGCCUUGCUCCAGGAGAAAAAUGCACAGCUGGCCCAGGAAGCAGAGGGCUGGGGGGAGCGGAUGAGUGAACUGGAGGAGGAGAUGAGGAUGUGUGAGAGCUCCUACACUGGAAUGGUGCAGGAUGCUGCCACCAAAGACGAGAGCAUCAAGUCCCUGACAGACUGCCUGUUGAAGAUAAAGGACUGGGACGCAGUGCUGGAGGACGGAGCCAACGGAGAGGAGAGAUAUGGGACACGAGGGGUGGAAAGUGGAGAGGGGCCAGAUAACCAUCAACGACAAAGAAUACAGAAACUCAUUCAUGCAGCCAAGAUGAAUGCAGACUUGAAGUCGGUGGAUGAAGACAAGGACAGGGUGUUUGCCAAGCUAGCAGAUGAAGUCAAGGCCAUGGAGGAUCUCCAAGAGGGGAUUAAGAAACUUGAGAAUGAGAAGGACUCUCUGCAGACCGAGAGUGAGAAGUACACCGGCCAGGUGCAGAAACUACAACAGAAACUGCAGAUCAUGACGGAGAUGUACCAGGAGAAUGAGCUCAAACUACACAGGAUGCUGACGGUGGAGGAGAGGGAGCGUCUGCAGAAGGAGGAGAAGCUGACCAAGGCUGACAGGAGUAUCAGCCUGGCCGUGGAGGAGCUCAGCAGCUACAGGCAAAGAGCACAAGACCUGGAGGAUGAGCUGGAGAAGACCAACCAGGCCUACAAGAUCCAGAUAACCUCCCAGGAAAAGAAGGCACACAAUAACUGGCUAGCAGCACGAGCUGCCGACCGUGACCUGGCUGACAUUAAAAGAGAGAAUGCACACCUCAGGCAAAAAUUGACUGAUACUCAGUUCAAGCUAGAUCUGGUGGAGAAAGACCCCUAUGCUCUGGACAACAUGGGCAGACCUCCAUUCAGAGGUGAAAGGUCACCCUAUGGCCCCUCCCCCCUGGGUCACCCUACCUCUGAGAACAGAGCCUUCCUGUCUCCGCCCACCCUGAUGGAUGGCCCGCCACACCUCUCACCAAACUUCCCUCCAAUGGGACCGGGAGGCAGAGUAUCCCGAGGCCUAGUAGACCCCCCUGGUGGGGUGGACUCUGAUCGGAGUGGUGGUCCUCACUCUGACAGUGGCUCGAUAUCUCCCACUUGGGAGAGGGAUCGCAGGGGCGCGCCUAUACCCCCUCCAGGGUAUAUGUAUCCAGACCCAGGCCUUCCCUACAGGAGACCCCUGCCCGGAGCCUUUCCCCUCGGGCCUAUGGGCCCCCCCCCACCCAGGAGGCCCGGUCCUGCUGAGCCCCACAGUUUUGGGCCCCACCCUGGAGAUAAAUCUGACUCAUUUAUGGAAAACAGCAUGGGUCCUGGUGAAAAUGAAAGAGAUUCCCACAUGUCAGCACCUGGAGAUCUGAGAGACAUGAGGAUGGGUCCCCUCCCCCCCAUGGACCCUUACUUUGCACGCAGAGGCCCCCCAGGCCCUUACGGACCCCCAGACUUCUUCCCCCCACGAGGUCCAGCAGGGCCCCCCGUAGGCAUGCGAGGACCACCUCCUCCGGGAAUGUUUGGGCGAUUUCCACCUCUGCUGCAUUUGGGCUACCCUCCCAUGAGGCCCCACCCAGACAGUUUUCCCCCUGGACCCCCUCCAAGGCCCUCCCCACCAGACAGCGAACAGCCUCCUGACCAGUCCCCUUCUCCACAUGAUGUCAUCUGAGCCAUCUCUCCCCCUCCCUCUGGGGGAGAAACUCUCUCUCCGCCUGCUUCCUGUGUGGCACUUCACUUCCUGUUGUGCUGGUAGUGAGCGACUUAGGGUGUGCUCAAGGACAGUUUCAUGAAGUGUAACCUAGAGUCAUUUGACUGUCUUUCCCUUUUUUAGAGGCCGACAGUGGAAUUGUUUCCCCAGUCUGUCACACACACACACAAAAAAAUAGAUUAGUGGCUUAGGACUGUUGAGAGAAUACAAUACCAUCAUGAAUUUUACACAACUGGAACUGAGUGAUCAUCACUGUUGCUAUGUGUAUUUCUGGUAUUGAAUGCAGUGUCUUUGAAGUUCCAUAGUUAUGUGAAUCUGCUGAUGGUAAACUGCCUGUGAGACUGCCUUUUUCUGAGUUUUGAGAAGGCUGUGUUUUCUUGCAAUGUCAAAGGCUUUUUAAUUUUACUUUGAAAUAAGUCCCUUGCAUUCUUGCCAUGUGUAUAUAUUAAGAGAACUUGUCAAUAUUGUUUAGAAGGAAGUGUGUGUGUGUAUACCACCCUUAGUCCAUUAACAUUUUCUGUCAAUUGACCUGAAAGAUGUUCAUUACCUUUUAGCUGUGAGUUCUUGACCGUCCAUUGUUUGAUAAUUAAAUGUCAAGAAAUUACAGUACUGUUAGCUUUGAGGGAAAAUGAGAUAUUGUAAAAGUGUUAAUAAAUUAUGCUCAAGUGUU